AUGUUUCUUCGCUUUUCUACUGAAAUUGAUACUUUGAACGAUGAUUUCUCAAUUGAGAAAGUUGAAUAUAUUUGUAAUCGCUUAACAACUGCUUUAAAUGAUAUGAAACUAAUAGAUAACGAAAUUCACAACUUCCUUUCUGACGAUGAAUAUGAAAGUGAUAAUUUGCAGUGUGAAAACUACAUAGAUACUGGUGAAUCCGCAAUUUUCAAAGCACGAAAAAUUAUUCAAAAUAAAUUAUCGCCAACUGCAAAUAAUGUUACUGCUUCGAAUAUGGAUACCAAUGAUUUAGCGAUGACAUUUGGCGACCCUCCUACUACAGUGCCUAUGACUCAACCAUAUACAGUUAAAUUGCCAACAAUUAAACUACAGUCAUUUACAGGAGAAAUUGAACAGUGGCAAUGUUUUUGGGAACAGUUUAAAUCUUCUAUAGAUGCCAAUCCACAUCUUUCUGUUAUUGAUAAACAUGUUUUCCUCAGAGGUUAUUUAGAUGGUGAAGCUAAACGCCUUGUUGAUGGAAUUAGUGUAAUAGGAGACACCUAUGAAACAACAAAAAAAUUGUUGGAGGAAAGAUAUGGAAAUAAAGAUCGAAUUAUCCAAUCACACUUAGAUUACUUAGAACAUUUAAAUGUUAUUCAAGACCCAUCUCCUACGCAUCUAAAUGAUCUUUACAUAGAAUGUAACAGAAGAAUUCAAGCUUUAACUGCUCUGGGUGAAAAUAUUGAAGCAUACGGUAGAAUCCUAGUGCCAAAAAUUAUUCGUGCAUUCCCCAAUGAUAUUUGUUGCCGCUGGAUUAUCUAUGCCAAGCGUGAAAAACUAAACGAAGGUAAUAUUACUAGAUUGAUGCAGUUCUUGGCAGAAGAAGUGGAAGGUGUAGUUGCAGCACAAAGAGUUAAAGGACAUUGGCCUCAAUAUUGUGAAACUGUUACAGACUAUGAUACUCGUGUUCAGAAACUUAAAACUUCAAAUCGCUGCUUUCUGUGUACUAACCGUGGUCAUAGAGUUUCAAACUGCCCAAGAAAAAAUACUGCACGGUGCACUAAAUGCAAGAAAAGGCAUCAUGUUUCUAUUUGUCCUCCUGUUGAAAACAAUCAACUGCGGAUAACUAACAGUGCUGUAAAUCACAUAACCUUUCCUAAAACAAUUUUCACACAUUUGCAAACUGCUCGUGUGUAUGUUACUGGCCCCACAGGCAUUACUAAAUUAACACGCUGCAUUUUAGAUGGUGGUAGCCAAGCAAGUUUUGUUCACACAAACCUCAUUGAAAAACUUAAGCUUAAAGUUGUCAGUUCUGCCUCACUUUCAGUUCAAGCAUUUGAAUCUUUUACUUCACAAGAACAACGUAGAUGUGUUCAACUGUCACUUUCAAGUUUGUGGAGCAACCAAGCAUUUUUGAUCUCCGCAUUUGAAAGCUCCAAUUCCUAUACUACACAUCCUACUGCUGCUCCACCAGAAAUAGUUCACUUUGCUCAGAAGAAAAGAUUGAGAAUUGCUGAUCCUCCGGAUGACUCUUCACUGCCCAUAGAAAUACUUAUUGGUGGUGAUCAUUAUUGGCAAAUUGUUUCCACAGAAGCUCCAAUCAAGCUUUCAGAAUCUUUUGUUAUGGUACCGUCAGUGUUUGGAUGGGUUCUUAGUGGAACAAGAACACAUACUACAAUCGCUGAGAAGACUUCUGUCCAUCAAGUUUGUGUGCAAGUUAAAACUGAUUGUUUAAAUGAUCAGGUACGUCGCUUCUGGGAAUUAGACUCCAUAGGGAUACAAGAUGCGCAGAAACGAAAAAUGACUACUCGAGAUGAAGAAAUUUUAUCAGAAUUUCACAAAACUUACAACACUGAAGACAAUCGAAGAAUUGUGUCUCUGCCUAGAAAACCAUUGGUCACACCUUUGCCUACAAACAAAAUUAUAGCGGAAAACAGAUUUCAUUCUCUUCAAAAAAAGACUUGCAUCUAG